AUGAAGGGACAUAUUAUGGCAGCCUUGCCGUUAUCUGGUGAAGGAAAGUUGCUUUUCCAAAUAACGGAUUUAAGGAUAUGGACUAAAAUUGUGCUGCAUUUCUCAGACUAUACGUCUAUUGAAAGCUUCGAGGACUCUGGUUUCAGUAUUGGCAGUAUUUUGAGUCGUACUGAAUUCGAUUGUAACAUAGACGACGUGUUCAACGCGAUGGUAGGCGAGCUGCUGGCGGACCACCUCAAUAGGUUCAACAGAGCUAUCGCCGCGCAGUGCACCGCCUUACUCAAAGAAUUCAUCAAUUCAUUAUUUAAUUGACUUUAAUUAUGUAGGUAUGUUCUUUUUACAUGCCUUUGUUAGUAAGUGUAGGUCAAAUAAUGGAAGCUAAAUUAAAAGUUAGAAUCACUUCAUGACGUUAUGAAAGACCAGUGACUAUAUACCUACGCAAAUCGACAUUAUCGUGUUGUUUGUUUUAGUAUUUUAAUACAAUAAAUCGUUUAGCUUAAUGCUUUUUAUUUAUAUUACCUACCGCUAAAAAAAUAUUGUACAGACAAAAAAGCGCGAACGGCU